AUGGAUAAAUCGUGGGUCUGGUUACCAAGGAAUAGCCUUGAGUAUGAGAAAGGAGCUAGUGAAUUUGUGUCUUCUUCAUCAAGACGUUUAGGAGAUCCAGCUGAAAUGUUCUGCCCUUGUGUUGAUUGUCGCAAUGUCUGCCAUCAAGCUUGUGAGACAGUUUUGGAGCACCUGGUGAUUAGAGGAAUGGAUCAGAAGUACAAGAGUUGUGUGUUUUGGACAAAACACGGGGAGACAAGACCAGAUAAGUCAGCUGAUGUGUACUCAUCUGAAAAUGAGGCUUACGAGUUGUUCAGAACGACUUUCUUGGCAAGUGAAGGCAAUGAGACUGCUGAACAAGAGAAUGCAGGAGCGUUUGAGGGGCCUGACAGUCCAGAAGAGGCUGAGUUCAGAAAGAAGUUAGAGGAUGCAGAAACUCCGUUGUACCCGGAGUGUGAGAAAUUUUCAAAAGUUGCUGCAAUCAUGGGACUUUACAGGAUAAAGGUGAAGAGUGGGAUGUCUGAGAACUAUUUUGAUCAGCUACUGUCCUUGGUUCAUGACAUGCUUCCCGUUGAAAAUGUGCUACCUAAGUCUACUGAUGAGAUGAAGAAGUUUCUGAAACAGUUUGGUUUUGGCUACGACGUCAUCCACGCCUGCAAGAAUGACUGUAUUUUAUAUAGAAAACAGUAUGAAGAUGCGGUCAGCUGUCCAAGAUGUAGUGAAUCAAGAUGGGAGAAGGAUAAGCAAUCUGGUGAGGAGAAGAAAGGGGUUCCUGCUAAGGUGCUUAGGUAUUUCCCGAUCAAAGACAGGUUCAGGAGAAUGUUUAGAUCAAAGCGGUUGGCUGAGGAGUUGUGUUGGCACUCCACUAAUGCUUCUGAAGAUGGAACUAUGCGACAUCCAGUGGAUUCGUUGACUUGGGUGCAGAUAAACAACAAAUGGCCGGAGUUCGCAGCUGAGGCAAGAAACCUAAGACUAGGUAUUUCAACCGAUGGCAUGAAUCCAUUCUCCAUCCAGAACACCAACCACAGCACAUGGCCUGUUCUCUUGGUCAACUACAAUAUGUCUCCAACGCAGUGUAUGAGGUCCGAGAACAUUAUGUUGACCAUGCUAAUUCAUGGCCCAACCGCACCUAGCAACAAUAUUGAUGUAUACCUACAACCAUUGAUGGAAGACUUGCAGGAACUGUGGACAGAAGGUAUACAAGUUUAUGACGCCUUUAAGAAGGAGAGUUUCACUCUUAGAGCCAUGUUGCUGUGGAGUAUCACAGAUUACCCUGGUUUAGGAACUUUAGCUGGUUGUAAAGUGAAGGGCAAGCAAGCGUGUAAUGUCUGUGGGAAGGAUACACCACAUAGGUGGCUAAAGUUCAAUCGUAAACAUGUAUACAUGAAGAACAGGAGGCGGCUCAUGCCUAGUCAUCCAUACAGACGAAAGAAAGGAUGGUUUGACAAUACGGUUGAGAAGAGUAAGAGAAAGAGGAGUGAAGGAGAUGAGGAUGAUGUUGUUUCAGCUGAGGAGUACGAAGAAGAUCAUGAUAUGUGGCGGUGGAAGAAAAAAUCUAUUUUCUUUGACUUACCUUAUUGGAAGGAUAUGCCUGUGAGGCAUAACAUCGACGUGAUGCACGUGGAGAAGAAUGUGAGCGAUGCCCUGUUGUCUAUUCUGAUGAAUAGUUGCAAAUCAAAGGAUGGCCUGAAAGCGAGAAAGGAUUUAGAAGAUAUGGGUAUUCGAAGCAGCUUACAUACACAAGUAAGGGGGAAGAGAACUUAUCUGCCUCCAGCUGCGUAUUGGCUCUCUAAAGAAGAAAAAAAAAUAUUCUGCAGAAGAUUAUCCAACUUCAGAGGCCCUGAUGGAUAUUGUGCAAAUAUAUCCAAUUGUGUCUCACUGGAUCCUCCUUCUAUUGGCGGCAUGAAGUCACAUGACCAUCAUGUUCUUAUGCAGAAUCUGUUUCCGGUUGCGUUGAGAGGUUUACUCCCAAAAGGACCUCGGAUUGCAGUGAGUCGUAUGUGCAAUUACUUCAACAGAAUCUGUCAACGCGUUCUUGAUCCUGAGAAGCUACUUGCUCUAGAAACAGAGAUUGUGGAGACAAUGUGCCAGUUAGAGAGAUUCUUUCCACCUUCAUUGUUUGAUAUCAUGUUCCACCUUCCACUGCAUCUGGCGAGAGAAGCACGAUUGGGUGGCCCUGUACACUUCAGGUGGAUGUAUCCAUUUGAGAGGUAUAUGAAGACACUGAAAGCUUUUGUGAAGAAUUUUGCAAGACCUGAAGCUUGUAUGGCAGAGGGUUAUCUAGCUGGUGAAUGUCUUGCAUUUUGUAUGGAGUUCUUACAGAAAUCGGUACCAGUUGAGGAACCAAUGACAAGAAAUGAAGAUUUAGAGGCACAUGAUAAUGUACUUGAAGGGCGCCCUUUGCAAAAAGCUACAGAAGUGAAACUUACUGAUAAGGAGAGAGAUGUAGCUCAUCGUUAUGUCCUCAUGAAUACUGCAGUGAUGGAUCCUUAUGUUCAGAUGCAUUUAGAGGAACUUCAAGCAAAAGAUGGAAGAUGUGCAAGAAAUGGUACCAUAUUAUGGAAAACUCAUACAGAAAGGUUUUCGACAUGGAUAAAAGAUAAGAUACCAAAUAACUCAAAGGAUCAUUCUCAGCGGCUCAGAUGGCUUGCGUUUGGACCAAGGAAUGUCGCACACACCUACAAGGGAUAUAUAGUUAAUGGACAUCGAUACCAGACAGACGAUGUCAAAAGGAAGACUCAGAACUGUGGGGUUUCAAAUGAAGCAUUCUCCAUGUGCAGAGCUAGUGCGAAAGAUUCUAAUCAAAUGGCGGACAUGGUAGCAUACUAUGGAGUCAUAAAGGAGAUCAUAUUGCUUGAUUACCACAUGUUUCAGGUGCCUCUAUUUAAGUGUAGUUGGGCACAUAAAGGGAAAGGUGUUAAAGAGGAAGACGGUUUUACACUUGUGAAUCUCCACACGAACCAGUCAGCAUUUGUUGAUGAUCCAUACAUUCUGCCUUCUCAAGCUAAACAAGUUUUUUACUCAAGAGAGGAUGACAGCUCUCCUUGGUAUGUUGUUAUGAGAGCACCUCCGAGAGGAUAUCAUGAGUUAGAGACUGAAGAGGAAAUUUUCCCUGCAACGUUAACAGUCCAACAUGAUGAAGAUAUCGGAGAUCACGCUUCAGAUGACGAGAGUUUUUGUGUUAGGAAUGAUUGUGAGGGUAUUAUUCUUUGA